AUGUCGAGCAUAAAAGCCCGACGUGCGACGGACGAAGCAACGCGUAAAUUGGUCGAAUCUUCGCAAAUGACAGCGCAGACCAACAAUGGCCUCAAGUACAUGUCGCUUGUGAUUUUGAUCGCUCAAACGACGGCCAUUGUCCUCAUCUUGCGGUUUACACGAACACAGAAGUCAGAAGGACCACGAUAUCUUUCGUCGACAGCAGUCGUUAGUGCAGAAAUUGUGAAAUUGUUCACCUGUAUUUUUGUGCUUUUUGUUAACAGCAGGUGGCGAUGGUCAACAUUUGCAAGCGAAAUUUAUCGGGAUUGCUUCGCCGACAUUAAAGAAACGCUAAAGAUAGCUGUUCCUGCGGUCCUCUAUGUUGUGCAAAACAAUCUUCUCUUCCUGGCACUCUCAAUGUUGGAUGCUGCAACUUACCAGGUCACUUAUCAACUGAAAAUUUUAACGACGGCGUUCUUCUCUGUUUCGAUGCUAAGCAAGAAGCUCAACCCGCUGAAAUGGAUAGCCCUCGUGCUUUUGACUGGUGGAGUGGCUCUUGUGCAGUUGCCAUCCGGGAAUGCAACAAAUAAAACUGAAACUGGCGGAUCGGAUAGACUUAUUGGACUCUUGGCAGUGUUAGCGGCUUGUUUCUCGUCUGGUUUUGCUGGUGUCUACUUCGAGAAGAUCUUAAAGACAAGCAAUGUCACAUUGUGGAUGAGAAAUCUGCAACUGGCCUUUUUCUCGAUCUUUGGCGGUUUCUUCAUGUGCUGGCUUUACGAUAGCGAAGCCAUCGCAACGAAUGGCUUCUUCCAAGGCUACAACAAUAUUAUUUGGGUGGUCGUUUUGCUUCAGGCUUACGGCGGUUUAAUCAUCGCCCUUGUUGUGAAGUAUGCCGACAACAUAUUGAAAGGAUUCGCAGUUUCACUCUCAAUCAUCAUCUCAUCGUUCAUUUCAUGGGCUUUCAUGGGAGAUUUCACUCCUUCUUUAGCGUUUGCUCUCGGUGCUUUCGUUGUGAUCCUCUCGACGUUCCUUUAUGGAUACGAGCCAAAGAAGCCAGCGCUGAUGCAUCACGCC